CAUUUUAAUAGUACUAAUAACCCUGUGUGUCUGUGUGCAGGGGAGGGAGCAUGGGUAACCUGUGGCUCACUCACAGUUUGCAUUCACAGCCAGUGGAUGGAGGAGACUCACUCACAGGUUGCUGGCUGGUCAUGAAAUCCCAACGAUAACUCGGAAUAAAGAGCUUCCCAAAGUGGACCACGACCCCAUUCCCAAAAUCAGAGACCAUACAGAAUCACCAUGGAGACGUUUGUGAUUGAACAGACGGAAAACGAGAAAACGCUGCUUCGAAAAGAUGUGUUUCGUCCUUGGCCCAAAACACGGCGCUUUGUUAAAGUGUGUCUAGGAGGCAUUAAACAAGUCCUUUUCCGCGUUGGUGAUGAUUGGUAUUUCCUCUUUGCUCUUGGCGUUAUCAUGGCAAUGAUCAGUUUUACCAUGGAUUUCACCGUCUCCCGGAUGCUGAACGCUCACAGAUGGCUGCAGCAGGAGCUGAAAGGCAAUAUGUUGCUCAGAUAUCUCUCUUGGACCGUCUACCCUAUUGCCUUGGUUGCUUUUUCUACUGGUUUUGCACAAAGCAUCACUCCUCAUUCUGGAGGUUCUGGUAUCCCUGAAAUGAAGACGAUUCUCACUGGUGUAAUUUUGGAAGAAUACCUCACAAUCAAGAACUUUGGGGCCAAAGUGGUGGGUUUGACAUGUACCCUGGCAGCUGGAAGCACGAUGUUUCUUGGAAAGGUGGGUCCAUUUGUCCAUCUUUCCAGCAUGAUAGCGGCGUACCUUGGGCGGAUGAGGUCCUCUGUCACUGGUGAUUAUGAGAAUAAAAGCAAGGAACACGAAAUGCUUGUGGCAGCCGCAGCUGUGGGAGUCUCUACAGUGUUUGGAGCGCCAAUCAGUGGUGUUCUAUUCAGCGUAGAAGUGAUGUCAUCCCAUUUUGCGAUCAGGAAUUACUGGCGGGGAUUCUUCUCUGCAGCCUGUGGGGCAUUUAUGUUCCGUGUGCUAGCCGUGUUUAACAGCGAGCAAGAAACCAUCAGUGCAGUGUUUAAAACCAACUUCAAAAUCAGUUUUCCAUUUGACCUCCCAGAGACUUUCUUUUUCAUGAUUUUGGGGGCAAUCUGUGGGGUCGUGGGUUGCGCAUACCUGUUCUGCCAGCGAUGGCUGCUGCGAUACGUCCGAAUUAACCGUUUCACCUCCAAGUUGUUGUCAUCAGAUAAACCUGUGUAUUCAGCUCUGGUGGCACUUCUGAUGGCAUCUAUCACGUUCCCAGAGAGCCUGGGUCAAUUUCUGGCUUCACGGCUUUCCAUGAAAGAACUUCUCACCUCACUCUUCGAUAAUCGGACAUGGUGGACACUUUCCCAGAAUGCCUCACUGGAGAGACCAGCAGAAGUGGAUCCCAACAACCUGUGGCUGGAAUGGGCAAAUCCUCAGUUUACCAUUUUUGGCACAUUGCUCUUCUUUAUUAUCAUGAAGUUCUGGAUGUUUAUCUUGGCCACCACCCUGCCCAUGCCAGCUGGGUAUUUCAUGCCAGUCUUUGUCUUUGGUGCUGCAAUUGGACGGCUAGUGGGGGAAACUGUAUCCUACAUAUUUCCAAACGGCAUAAACUCAGAUGGUGUCAUUAACCCCAUCAUACCUGGAGGUUACGCGCUGGCAGGAGCGGCUGCUUAUUCUGGGUCCGUUACACAUUCACUCUCGACUGCGCUUCUUGCAUUUGAAGCCACUGGUCAGAUCGCACACAUCCUUCCAGUGAUUCUCGCAGUGCUGGUCGCCAACGCCAUCACCCAGAAGUUCCAACCAUCAUUCUAUGAUGGCACCAUCAUUGUGAAGAAACUACCCUACUUGCCGAGGAUACGCAGCCGGCAAAUAAACUCCUACAAGGUGAACACUGAGACGUUUAUGAACACAGAUGUCAAGGUCCUAUCCACAGAGGCCAGCUUUGAUGAUGUCCUCACGGUAAUGACUUCAUCUGAAGAUUUGGAAUUCCCUGUGGUGGAGAAUACAGAGUCGCUCAUUCUGGUGGGAAAGGUAAUGAGAUCACAGUUGAGACGAUUUCUGGAGACUCACGAAUCCCAGCAGCACCUACAGAUGAGUGACAGUAAGAUAACAUGCCAGGGGACCCUCAGGGAUGGAUGUUCUAUCGAACCCGUUACCUUCCAGUUAUCCACCUGGACGUCUUUGCAUGAAGCGCAUCAUCUGUUUGAGUUGCUGAGUCUCCAACACGUGUUUGUCACCAAAUUUGGCAAGAUUGUAGGAAGUGUUACCAGGAACGAGCUCAGGAAAGCCAUUGAAGAUCUUGCAAACCCAAAAUGAAACACACUAGAUGUCUGAACCUCUGGAGAGGAAACACUUAUUACCCAAAUAUCACGCAUUCCUGAGGCCAACGUCGGGUCAGACCCCAGCAGGGGUUCAUAUAAAGAGCAAUUCUGGAGUGCUGAAAGUGGAGUGGUUACCAUGGAAACUAAUGGAAUGUUCCCGCUAAUGGCUCCACUAUUAAAACCCAGAACUGGCUUUUA